AUGGGGUCCACAAUUCCCCUACAAUGCAUCGGCCAUGUGGCCAAUUUCUCCAACAACGAAGGAAUCCACAGGCACGAAAUCCAGGGGGAGGAUGCCAAAGCAGCCACACAAGAAAUCCUCCAGCAGACCCUCCACAUCUUCAGGCAAAACCACAGCGAAAUGGACUGGGGUGAGACUUCCAUAGCUGGUUUCCAGGCUGGUCUGCACCAGGACAUUGAGAACCUGGGACGGUGCUUGGGUGCAGAGAAGGGCAACAGCAUCCGCCAGCGGGUGAAAAGCUACUUCAGAAGAAUUAACGACUACCUGAAAGAUGAUGGGUACAGCCUGUGUGCCUGGGAGAUUGUCCAGAUGGAAGUCCGGCAAUGUUUUCUGCUCAUCGACCAACUCCUCAAAAGGACGGGAAAUGCAGCUUAA